UCGACUCAGAUUUUGCCCGUCCUGACUUGAGACUUGACUCUGACUUGAGACUUGCGAAGCAAUGACUUGGUCCCACCUCUGACCUCAUUCGUCGGUCUGUGACACUCGAUUUUAACGUGUCUUUUUUUGUUUGUUUCCAGGCCGGACAGAUGACGCAGAUCGGCGUUGUGGAACAUCUGAAGCUGGAGAACGUCACGCUGUCGCACCAGCUCACAGAAACACAGCACCGCUCCAUCAAGGAAAAAGAACGAAUCGCUGUUCAGCUGCAGGGCAUUGAGGCCGACAUGCUAACCCAGGAAGCAGCCUACAAGCAGAUCCAGGACGCAAAGUCCAUGGUGGAAGAGGACCUGCAGCACAAGCUGGAGGAGUUCGAGGAGGAGCGAGAGCGCCUCCUCCAGUUAACCACCGCAGCCAGCACCAUGGAGAGGGAGCUGGAGCAGGCCAAGUUGAGCGUCUCCCAGAAGGAGGCGCAGCUGCAGUUGCUCCAGAGGGAGCACCUGGAGCUGAUGCGUCAGCUGACCAACACUCAGGAGAACCUUCAGACCAAAGAGCAGUCCAUCAACCAGCUGGAGGCCCGUUACCUGGAGCUGGAGAGCCAGCUGGAGGAGCUGCGGGGCGAGGGCCGCGCCAAGGACGAUAGCAUCCAGUACCUCCAGAACGAGAAGAUCGUAUUGGAGGUGGCGCUGCAGGCGGCGCGGGCCAACAAGAGGCAGCUGGACGAGGGCACCGAGCAGCUGGGAGAAGACGUCCUGCUGUCUUCCGAUGUCUUGGAUCAGCUCAGACAGGGAGUCCAGGUCAAGGUCGGUCAGAUCGAUGCUGUUCAACAGGAAAACAACGUUCUGAAGAAACAGACGCAGAAGUUGAAGGAACAGUUUCAACAGCAGAAGAUCAUGGUGGAAGCGUACCGCCGCGACGCCAGCUCCAAAGACCAGCUGAUUAGUGAACUGAAGACCACCAAAAAGAGACUGCUGGCAGAGGUGAAGGAGCUCAAGCAGGAGCUGCAGGGAGUCCAGCAGGAGAGGCAGAAGUCGGAGCUGGAGCAGGAGAGGCUGAAGGAGGGGCGCCUGAGGGGCCAGGAGCAGGUGGGCGAGAAGGAGGACCUGCAGUCCAUACAGGACGAGCGGCUCCAGCUGGAGACCCACCUCCAG